CCCCAUCGUACCAACACGUUGCAAUUAUUGUUAAUAGCGUCACUCAAUUAUUUUACUUAAUAGUUAAUCUUACGACAUGUUGAUGGUCCAGCCUCAUCAAGCCAAGCUGAUGCUUGAAAUCGAUUUCGAUCAACCCCUACAGGGGGCCUUGGCAAUGUUGCAGAACCCUGCGGGGAUCCCUGAUUCGAACCGUGCGCAAGGCAACUUGAAGAAGGUCGAGGCAUGUCUAGACGACCAUUGAAGCUAUGUUGCAGACCACGUUUCAGGGAAUGGGAAAUUUCAAGCGACGAAGUUCCAGAACGUGAGGCCUCACGAAAGAUAUGACGUCGCGUCCCAAUAUCUCAUCUGAUAAAAAUCUCACAAAUCUCCAGGGGAGUCGGAUCGAAUUUGGGAACAUCAUCGAAAUCACCAACUUCGUAUUUCAUCCAGCGUUGAGCUGUACUCUCCACAGCUUAUUACCCACCCUUGGUAUUAUAUUGACGCGCGACGCGCAUCUCUCGCGGCCGAUCGUGGUGAUCAUAUUGCUACUUUACAUAAACGUCAACAACGCGAUCCCUCCCAUCCGUACCAAUACCAAUACGCAUACCGAAGAAUCCGCUGUUCCUAUCCAUCAAAAUGCUGACAAAUCGCCGCUCGACGUUUAUGAUCCCACCGAACCAAAAUGGCCGCGCGACAUCCUACCAACCCGGUGCACCCCCGACCCUCGGUAGCGCGAAGCCCGAGAGCGAACCUCAUUGCGCGGCACCGUCCCUCUUGACAUCUACCACACCCAACCUCCCAGGUUACCGCAUUGCAAAGGUCCUCGGUGCCGUUUUCGGCUCUACCACGUAUGCGCUUAAAGAUACCAAAGCUCUCCUCAAAGCAGCAGCCGCAGGCUCCGAAGUCAAGAGCUUGACCCACAUAAUGUACAACGCGAGAGAUCAGGCUGUAGAGAGGAUGACGCGGGAUUGCGUAGCCAGGGGCGCAAAUGCCGUCAUUGCAGUAGCUUUCGAGGAGAAGGAAGUUCUCGGCUUCGUUCAGGUGUCCGUAUCCGGAACAGCUGUCUACGUCGAGCGUGAAAAGGUCGCGGAGAACCCUUUUACGCCGGAAUGACACUAGUGGUGGCUCGUGGAGUUGUUAUUUACGCGUGUGCGAUAUGAUCGUUAAUUCUUGUGCGGAUUGAGCUUUUCAUUAUUCGAGCGAAACGUUAUACGGAUUUGGUCACCCCCUUUUUGGGGUUACACAAGAAACAUGAGUUGUCAUUGGGAUUGCUAAUACGAACAGCAACCCCCUCCGUGACGGCGACUAGGCUUGGGGUGGCGGAAUUGGCUUCUACGCUAACUCUGCGGGGAAACUUGAUGCGGCUCUUGGAUUGCGUCGGCACUGUUCGAUGAGAGCCGGUAGCGGCAUAAGUCCUAGGUCGGGGUGUACCCCUAUCGUCUUGCGAACUUGUUAUGGUAUCAUUUGGUUAUUCGGUCCUCUAUGAACUUGUCUAUUGUUCUCUAUAGAGUUUAUUCAUCGUUCGGUAUUCUAGACUAGUUUAUUCGAAUUUAGUUCUUGUGUCUUGUUAGCUGUCACUCUAGCUGUGAUGAUGAACCUAACAAUGAAUAUCACGAGAAACUACGACCAAAUAUUCCGAAGAAUUAUACGAGCUCGGUGGCCCGGGUACUUACCAAGUACUUGGAAGGAGAUGUCGGAGAUAUCUGGUUAGUCGAGGUGGUACAAGCCGGCACAAGCUAUAAUAAGCAAUCAAUAUAUUAUAAUAUGUAGUUGUUAAUAUACAUUUGCUUACUCUUCGA